CUCCAGGUCCCAUGCCUCCUCAGGUGUCUUGAUUGAGUUCCGUGAGAAUGGUUGCAAGGCAUCAAAUAUUGGGUAGGGACUCAAUUCUACGACUCCUUCAUUUUGGUAUGCGCAAAUUCGCUUUUGUUCUUCUUAUUAUCUCCUUAAUUUUUGUUAGUUAGUGUAACUCCUUUGAAGAUAGUAUUCUUAACACAAUUUAACCAAACCACUGACAAAAGGUUUUUGAAAGAUAUGCCUCAUCUUCGUUCCCCAAUUAUAUGUAAAAAUUGAGAUUUACUGUAGUUUUAAGAACUUUGAACUUGAUGCCAACUGCCGGCAGCAAGCAUUUCUAGCGACUGAGUGAUCCUUGCUCUUGGUUUUGAGGUAUUGCAAUUCUUUCAAAUUACACCUUCCGUUACAUCUCCCACUUGUUUCUUUUUCAUUUUCCUUCCUUUGGUCAAGCUGCUAAUUGUUGAUAUAAAGCUAUUGUGGUGGGUGAUGAUGGGUGUUUAAAUAUUUCUUAAUCUCAAGUUCAACAUUUAUCAGAUGAUUGUAGAUUCUUACCUAUUGAAGUUGCCCUAUGAGGUAUGACUACUUAAUGUGGUAAUAAUAAUGACUACGGUACUGGUGCUAUCUUCUCAAUGUGUCCUUCAGGUUCUCUGUUCAGCUGGGUGGUAUUUGUACUGCCUGUGGUGUUCAUAUCUAAUUUGCUCUAGUUUGUGGGAUUCUUCGGUAUCCUUCUCCAUAUCCAACAAUGAUUCGUCCUGGGUUUAUUAUGCGUCCGCCUGGUACAAUCGGUGCUGUUCAACUAGCACCACGACCCCCUGUGCCUGGAAUGCCUGGUCUCCGUCCCGUAAUGCCUCCUAUGGCCAGACCACCUUCUAUUGCUUUUGUAACACCUGCAGAAAAGCCCCAGACCACAAUUUACAUUGGCAAGAUAGCAACCGUGGAAAAUGACUUUAUGAUGUCUAUUCUUGAGUUUUGUGGCCAUGUCAAAGGCUGUUUACGUGCGGAAGAUCCUACCACCAAGAAACCUAAAGGUUUUGGAUUCUAUGAAUUUGAAUCAGCUGAAGGGAUUCUCCGUGCAAUACGCCUGCUGACCAAACGUACUAUAGAUGGACAAGAACUUUUGGUGAAUGUUAAUCAAGCAACAAAGGAAUAUUUGCUCAAAUAUGUUGAGAAGAAAAUAGAGACUGCAAAGAAGGCGAAGGAAAGUCAAGCCGUAGGAACAGAAGAGAACCAAGCUGAAGGUCCUGAGAGUGAGCGAAAAAAGCUUGAGAGUGCUGAAAAUGAGACAGGGAAAGAUGGAGAACAAAAGAGUAAAGAAAACAUCGAUAUUGCGAAUUCUGCUGUCAUAACUGACGAUGAAAGGGAAGCGGACAAAGAGGCUAUGGAAAAAAUUGAAAGUGCUAUUGAAGAAAGGUUAAAGUCCAACCCUCUGCCUCCACCACCCCCACCACCACCUGCUGAUGGUUCAGGCAUGGAACUUGCUUUCAAAUCUAAGGAUGGUGACUCCAACACUGACAUAGCUAGGAGUGAUGCGGCAGCAAAUGAUGUUGAGACUUCUGGAGAACACAAUAGGCCUGACACAAACUCACCUGAUUGGAAUAAAAGAAAUGACCGAAGAAGCAGAGAAAGAAGUGAAAAGGAGCAAGAAAUGGAUAGAUACGAGAGGGAGGCUGAGCGAGAACGGACAAGGAAAGAGAGAGAGCAAAGGAGGAAACUUGAGGAUGCAGAGCGUGCUUACCAGGCUCGUCUUCGACAAUGGGAACGCCAAGAAAGGGAAAAGGAGAAGGAACGACAGUACGAGAAGGAGAAAGAGAAAGAUAAAGAGCGUAAGAGGAAAAAGGAAAUCCGCUAUGAGGAAGAGGAGGAUGAAGACGAUGAUGAUUCAAGAAGAAGAUGGCAUAGGGCUGCAUUAGAUGAGAGAAGAAAACGGCGUCAAAGAGAAAAGGAGGAUGACUUAGCCGAUCGACUGAAAGAAGAGGAAGAGGUUGCUGAGGCGAAGAGGAGUGCCGAGGAGCAAAAGUUGCAGCAACAGCAAUUAGAUGCCUUAAGGCUCCUAUCUGGACAGGCAGCUAUUGGAAGCGAAACAGUUCAGACAUCACCUAUUGAAAACAAUCAUAAGGCAACUCUCCAAACUGUCAGUGAAUCUGUCCAUGAGCACCAUGCAGCAGAUUUUGAACAAAACGGUUCUGGUAAUGAAUCCAUGUCUAUUGAUAAUAAUAGUGGAUCAGAAGCAAAUGCUCCCUCAAAAAAAUUAGGAUUUGGGCUUGUGGGAUCUGGAAAGCGGACAUCUGUGCCUUCUGUUUUCUAUGAGGAGGAUGAAGACGAAGCUCAUAAAGAUAAAAAGAUGAAACCUUUGGUUCCUAUAGAUUACUCAACCGAGGAACAGGAGGCCGUGGCCCAUGGUGGCUCGGGGAAUACACCUCCUCAUUUGGCUUUAGCUGCUGAAUUUGCAAAACGAAUUUCGAGUACUAAUCCCAAGGAGGAAACAACAGAAACCGAAAAACAAAGGAGUAGACGUUCUCAUGAUAAGGGAAGCCACCGGGACAGAGACAGGGAAAGGGAAAGGGAAAGGGAAAGGGAUAGAGACAGAGUCAGGGACCGAGGUGAUGGGCAUAGUGGUCCAACCAAAGACGCUAAAGAGCCUGGAAAAGCAAAGAUACCUGAUAACAAGUUUCUGGAUGCAAAGCAAUUGAUAGAUACGAUCCCAAAGACAAAGGAAGACUUAUUCUCAUACGAGAUAAACUGGGCUAUGUAUGACAAGCACCAAUUGCACGAAAGAAUGAGGCCGUGGAUAUCAAAGAAAAUCAUGGAGUUUCUUGGAGAAGAGGAAGCCACACUUGUGGAUUUCAUCGUGUCAAACACUCAACAACAUGUGAAAGCGUCUCAUAUGCUUGAGCUGUUGCAGUCGAUUCUUGACGAAGAAGCUGAGAUGUUUGUGCUGAAGAUGUGGAGAAUGCUCAUCUUUGAGAUCAAGCGGGUCGAAGCUGGAGUCCCGGUAAAAUCCAAAGCCUGAAACUUUUAUUUAAUGAUUUUUCUUCCAAUGUUGCUUCAUAUCCAAAAUUUUUCGAAGUCCCCUUGUGUUUGGAUUUUAAAAAAGAAUCGCCAUGUUUACAAGCUUAAUGCAAAAGAAGAGAUUGAAACAAGAAGAAACAAGAUAUACAUUCUAGUUCACAGAAUAAACAUUUGCACCACUAGUUUAAACUUUAAA